UAAAUUGUUGUUGUAAAACUAAAAUAAAUAGCAAAGCUCUCACUUUUUUUUGGUGGCUAAAGUAAUGUAGAGAGAAAACCGAAACAAAACAUGGCUAGUUGGCUACAGAGAAGAUGAGAGAAUUACAAACUCCAUUAUCAUAACCAAACAUUCAUCCUCUCUUGUGCCCAAUUCAAUUAAUCUUCAAGCUUUCUUAGCUACAAAACAAUUUAUUAUCGCAGUUUAGAGAUGGGAACGUUAGAACCUGACUCUGAGGAUGUGGAUUCUGAUAUAUACCGGACUUUAGGGCUGAAGACAUCGGGAAAAAGAGCGUCGGGAACUCCACGGGCUUUAACGCUCCUUUCGUCACUUCUCGAGAGGGCUGUCCAGAAAAAUGAGAUGCUAUUGGAGACGACACGGAUGGAUGAUUCUAAGACAGUGUUUCAUGGUUUAAGAGCACCUACUUUAAGCAUCCGGCAGUAUGUAGAGCGUAUCUUCAAGUACGCUGGCUGCAGCCCCUCCUGCUUCAUUGUGGCACACAUUUAUGUGGAUAGACUUAUACAGAACAUAGAUAUUCGUUUAACCUCCCUUAAUGUCCACCGACUCCUGAUAACAAGUGUAACGGUAGCUGCAAAGUUCAUUGAUGACGCGUUCUUCAACAAUGCCUACUAUGCAAAAGUGGGAGGAGUAAGUACAGAAGAGUUGAACAAGUUGGAGAUGAAGUUCUUGUUUAGUAUAGAUUUCAGGCUUCAAGUAAAUGUGAAUACAUUCGGAAGAUACUGUUCUCAGUUAGAAAAUGUAGCUGCUGAUUGUCAUCAAAUUGAACGACCAAUUCAAGUUUGCAGAACUAAAAAAAGUUGGUCAACCAAAGAUGAUUCAGCCACUUCUUCUCCCACGAUUGCCAGAUGAAGGUUCCAAAUUAUCUGUGUAUCAUUGUAACCUACAUUUGUUUGAUAUAGUUAGAGUUAGAGAUCCUGGAUAUUGGAUUUAGAUGUGAGUAAGGCACUAGCUCAGAAUCAUUUUGAACGAAACUGAUUAGUAUAUGCUGUCCUAUUUUUUGAAGCUAUGGCCUGCAAUUAUCUUCUUUGCAUUUGCUCUUCAAGAUUUGUGUUGUUCCUUCAUGUAAAACAUCUAAUGUACAGAUCGACCAGUGUUCUGGUCCAAGAAUUGAUUCAUUGAUACUCAUUUAUUAUUCUUA